AUUGUUCUCAAUUCAUACUAAAGUUAGGUGGAAUGGGAGACGUGUCCACAAUAUAUAAAAGAGCGAUGAUACCGCAGAUCAGCUUCUGAACUGGGGCUGAUUUAUUCGUUGGAUUAUUCCUAUUGUUUUUCUUAGUAGACAAUACGAAUUAUCCUUGCAAUGGCCCUCAGUCAGACAAGUGUGCUAAAACUAUAUAAUACUGUGAUAGAAGAUGUUAUAUCAGGUGUAAGAGAAUCAUUUAUAGAUGAAGGUGUAGAUGAACAAGUAUUACAAGAACUUAAACAAAUAUGGGAAACUAAACUAAUGUCUAGUAAAGCUGUUGAAUUAAAUCCAGAUCCUCCAGAGCCUCAAGUUCCCCAAAUAAAUACGCACAAAACUGUUAACAAAGGACUAAAUAUAGGAAAUCAUUUUGUACAACAAACAGGAAAUUCUGCUCCUCAACAAACAUCACAACAGCAGCAACAGCAAUCACAACAAUCUCCUCAACAAUCACAAACUCAGACACAAUGUCAUUCAACAACAACUGGUAUACAACAUACUGGUACACCAGUACAACAAUUAGUAACAUCAUCAUCAGCAGUAAUGGAUCGGCAAGUACCUAUUCAAAUAACAUUGCCACCACAGACAGGCAUUCCAGAUGCUCCUUUAAGAGUUCUAACUAUUCAGGUUCCUGCAUCUGCAAUACAAGGUAAUCAAUUGCAUACAAUUUUAACAGGUCCAGUUAUUACAGCUGCAAUGGGAUUACCAGCAAACUUAGCUUCUACAUUACUUCAACAGCAUGUUAAUUCUACACUUCAAGGGCAAGCAACAUUGACUCCACUUCAAGUUGUUACACAGAAUGCAAACAAUGUUUCUCAACGAUCUGUACAAAAUCAGGGUCAAGCAACAUUGGCUCCACUUCAAGUUAAUCAAUCUCUUCAAGUUGUUACACAAAAUGCAAAUAAUAUUUCUCAACGAUCUGUUCAAAAUCAGAAUAAUAUAGCACAAUUAGAUGGUCCAUUUGGUGAUUCUUCAGAUGAUGAAGAAGAAGAAGAAGAAGAAGAUAAUGAAGAUGAAGAAGAAGAUCUUGAUGAUAAAGAAGAAGAGGAAAAUGAUGAAGCUACAGCCAGAGAAGAAGAACCUUUAAAUUCAGAAGACGAUGUAACAGAUGAUGAUCCAGCAGAUCUUUUUGAUACUGAUAAUGUUGUUGUCUGUCAAUAUGACAAGAUAACAAGGAGUAGAAAUAAAUGGAAAUUCUACCUCAAAGAUGGAAUAAUGAACCUUAGUGGUAAAGAUUAUGUUUUUCAAAAAAUGAAUGGUGAUGCAGAAUGGUAAAUAAUAUUUAAAAUUAUGAAAAUUGACCUGGUAAUGUGUUCAUAUGAAAUUGAUAUAAAAAUUUACUUUUAAAUUUGUGUUUUAAAAAAAAAUUAAAUUUUUUUUUAAUCAAAAUUUGAAAAUCAAUAAUUAUUUUUAUAUUAUAUUAAGAUAUGAUUAGAAUUGAAUAGAAUUUUUAUUUUUUCCAAAUUAAAAUCUAAUUAUUCAAUUUAAUAAAAAAUGCAUGUAUUGAAUUUAUAUUUUAAAUAAGAUAUAACACAAAUUUCAUAAGUUAUAAUAUACAAAGUGUUAAUAUAUUCACAUAAUAUAUAUUCAGAAGACAUUUUUGAAGAAUUAAUUCUAGAUGUUAAAAUAAAAUAAAAAUUAGUAUGCAAAAAUGUCGUUUAAAACUUAUUUAUUAAAUUAUAAGUAAUUUAAAUUAAAUAAACUGGGAAUAGAAUGCGAAAGUGAUGAAAUUAGAAUGAUGUCACUCUCUAAUUUGCUUCGUCUAAUUCAAACUUCAAUUGUUUUUAAUUUGAUAAAUAAAUUUUAAUCGACAUUUUUAUAUACUAACUUUUUUAUAAUAUUUUUAAUUCUUAGAAUUAAUCCUCUAAAUUCUAAAAGUUUCACGAAUAUGUUAACAUCUUGUAUAGAGAUAUUAGAUAAUAUGUAAUAUUUUAAAAUUAACUUUAAUUAAAAAAAAACAUUGAAUCGAAAACAUUGAAUUAAAAUAAGAAAAUAUUAAUGUCAUUCUAAAAUUCAAUUAAUUCAAAUUUAAUUUAAAUGUAAUAUUAAAUAAAUUUUAUUGAAUAAUGAAGAGCUCAAUAAUCAAGCAAAUCUUGUAUUAUAUUUUGAAGAUGCAAAUUUUUUCAUGUGAGUUUAUUGUGUAAAUAGUUUCUAAGAAAUUGCAAUCUAUUAUAAAUAUGUGAUGCUCUUAAAAAUAAAUGUGUCUUAUACUGUUAA